UUCCACGCUUUUAUGCUUACAGCGGCUACCUUCAAGCAUCAUUGUAAAUUGUUCUUCUCGAAGCAGCUUUCCAAUUCCAAUGACUCUGGUCAUCAAUAUUGUUACUUCCAUCCAGAUAACCAUGAAUUUUUCAUGGCUGCCGGAAAAUACGACUAUGUUAACGACAUCACUCCUGCCAAGGAAUCCUGGGACAUCGUUGUUCGAGUUGUUCGUUUAUGGGCGACAAGAUUCAGGCUUCGGUUAGGAAAGCCCUAUUGUCACGAUUUCAGUCUAAGAUGUGCGAUGGAGCUGUGUAUAAUUUGAAAUCCUUUGGUGUCGCCGCUAAUUCUGGAGCUUAUAGGACUACAAAGCACAAGUUCAAGUUGAAUUUGCAGAGUGGGACGGUUGUUACAAAAGUUGAAACUGAUCUGAUAACGGCCUCUCCUUAUAGAUUGGUUUCUUUUCCAGAAAUUGUUGGGAAAAUUGACAUGGAUUAUUUGAUCGAUGUUGUGGCAAUUGUAUCAUCUGUUGGACGUGAGAGGGUUUAUGAAAGGAACCGUGUAACUACUAGGUUUAAGGUGAUUGAGUUAGAAGCCAAUGGAAUGAAACUUGACUGCACGCUUUUUGGAACUUAUGUUGAUGCCCUUGAUGCGUUCCUCCAAAUUGGAUACACUGGAAAAGUUGUUGUGCUAGCUGAAUAUCUAAAGGUCAAGAUGUAUAAUGGGAAAGUCCAAUUGCAGAAUGCAAUGAACUGUACGAAUCUAAUGUUCAACCCAGAAAUCCCUGAGGCAAAUACUUUAAAACUCAGGUAA